AGAGCUUCACCCACCUUCAUACACCUUUAUCCACCAUCAUCUUAUACACCAUCAUCUUCUACACCAUCAGCUUCUACACCAUCAUCUUCUACACCAUCAGCUUCUACACCAUCAUCUUCUACACCCUCAGCUUCUACACCAUCAGUUUCUACACCAUCAUCUUCUACACCAUCAGCUUCUACACCAUCAGCUUCUACACCAUCAGCUUCUACACCCUCAGUUUAUACACCAUCAUCUUCUACACCA